AUCGCUCAUCACUAAGGGCAAAAACGUAAACAAAGCAAAAAAUCUACAAUUGUUGUCGGGAAAAUGGAUUACAUUUGGUGGCUAUCGAUGUCCUAGCCAAGCGCUCCCACCCAACCAUGGAUGCCCUCAAGAUGCUGCAGGGCACCACCCAUUCUCUGUCGGCAGGAGCCCCCUCCUCGCGACUACGGCGGUUCCAUCUCCCCCACUGGGAAAGAUUACUCACACAUCGUGUGUAUUACAAAGGUUUUAAUAAAUAUCCCUUUAAGACCGAAACCUGGCCGCCGUCUCGGAUAUUUACGCGGUCAAAGCAGAGGAUUUUGUUUGGCUGGAAAAGGGUACAGGCGCCGCGGAAACUAUGCUCCACCAGUCAUGUAUUAGUAGAGCUCGCAUGGAAACGCGGCCCUCAAAGUAACAUACGCGAUGCGCGUGUGUGUGGUCGGGUCUGGAGGCAAUGAUAGCCCGGGCGGAAGGCUUCUCGCCGGAGGCCAGCAGUGAUCCGGAUCUCCACACAGGAAAAAGGCGCUCUCCGGUGAGUUAUGCAAUGACAGUCCGAGAUUCGGCUGCCAGACAAAUGGCGAUUCUUCUCAGCGCCGCAAUGCGACCGCUGGAAGUUCCCGAGAGGAGGAUGACGCGGUACUCCGGAACGGACUCACCGGGAAAUGUGGACGUCGUCGUCGACUGGGAAAGGCCCUUCUUGCUGGUCGCUGAUACGGGUCGAACGGACACCGUUUGCUGGGCCGCCAAGUCGGGCUGGCAGCACAAAGACAAAUUUGUAGUUUCCCGUCUACCUGUCUGCAUCUGCCUUGAUUGUUGGACAGUAUGGCCGCGACUAUCACGAUAUCUGCUGAUCAUCGCCCCCCGCCAUAUUACAUGGCCUCUCUCAGCAUUGGGUCAUUGGAUACAUGGGCCAUUAGAAGUAAUCCCAGAGCGAACCGGGAUUAAUCUUUAAAUGGCCAGAUCGCCCGCCAGA